AUGAAACGGAGAGGAGAGAGAACUCUCAAAUUUCACUUCGGAAUUGAAAAUGCGUCAACGUUGUACAUUGCAGGACCUGAACCGUGCCAGGCCGGCGAGUUCCAGUGCAAGAUCGAUAAGACUUGCAUCGCCAUUACUCAGCGCUGUGACAGCCGAGAGCACUGCCAAGACGGAAGCGACGAAAUCGGAUGCCCUUGUGCCAAGGAUGAGUGGAAAUGCAAUUUCGGCUCCUUCAAGCAACAGCACGUUGAAACAGACGAGAAAAAAGACGCAAAACAACACCACGAUCACCACAAAGCGGCGGUUGCUCAAAAGAAGAGUCAAGUUGUUGCCAGAGCCAACUUGAAGCAACUGGAACCGAACCAUAAGAAGCACAACAACAAUCACAAUAAGAGCAACCACAGCAAGAAAAACCACAAGAAAGUUCCGGCUGUGUUGAAAAUUAACGACGAUGAUGAAGACUUGAUGUUGGGCGAUGGAUCGGGAUCAGCAGAAGACGGAGAAAUUAUUCUUCCAUCACCUAUUUUUCCAGGUGGAGCUGGAAUGGGCACACGACAGAUGUACCGGUGCUCGUUGCUGGUUCAGGAGCCGUACAAUGAGAAGCUGGGCGACCGAGACAGCAGCGAUUUUAGUGAAAUGGCGAACCGUUUCAACAUUGCCGUUGAUUAUCUUUACCUGCACGUAUCCGGCACUCAGACGACCAAUGUCCAAACAUUCGAACGGACAAGUCAACGACAGUUGACCAAAGUCAAUUUCGAUAUCGAAUCGCAAGAUUUUGACGAUGUGAAAGUCAUCGAGUCGACUCUCCGUUCAGCCGUGCAAAACGGCGUAAUUGGGUCAUUCUACGUCGAGUCUGAUGAGGGAUUCACGUUCCGAGUCGUCGAAGAUUCCGCCAUUAGUCCACUUUCAUCUCCUCCUCCAUAUGUACAGUAUCCAGACGAUUGUGAGAUUCAAUGCAAAUCGGAUGGCCAAUGCAUCACAUUGGAGCAGCGUUGCAAUGGCUUCGACGACUGCAAAGAUGGAUCCGAUGAGGAAGGAUGCCGUGUUAAUUGUGUUACUAACACAGAAAAACAACACCUCCACCACCCGUCCGGUAUUUGUGUUUGUUGUUCCAAUCAAUCGAUCACACCUGAGUUGAUGCAGCAGCAGCAGCUUUUUGUAGUCUUUAUCCAUAUGUAG